AUGUCAACUGACAGAUUUCUUCAAGCCCUACAAAGGUUUGUCAGAAGACGAGGAGUGCCCAACACAAUUUGCACUGAUAAUGCUACUACCUUCCAUGCCACGCGCUUAGAGCUGAAGGAGCUCUGGCAGGCUCUCAUGGCAAGCAAGAUGCACAAGUACCUCGCCCAGCAAGCCAUCACUUGGAAAUUCAUCACCCCACACGCGCCUUGGUGGGGAGGAUUCUGGGAACGGAUGGUGGGAUCUGUCAAACACUGCCUGAGAAAAGUUUUAGGACAGUCACAGUUGGACGAAGAAGGUCUCAACACAAUCCUGGUCAGCAUAGAAGCAGCACUAAACUCUAGACCAAUUAUGCAAGGGGGAGAGGAAUCUGAUCCACUGACGCCCGCAUGUUUCCUUGUAGGUGAUCGACUCACAACACUACCUACUGGUCCAGAAUCACCAGUUAGAAAGGACUUGUUCAAGGAAUUUCAACGGCUGCAGAAGAUGGUAGAACACUUCUGGAACAGGUGGAAGAAAGAAUAUCUGAUCCUGCUCAAAAACUUCCAUGAAACUCAUCAACCAAGACCAGGUUCAGGAAGACUCCAGCUGGGUGAUGUCGUUCUUCUACAAGAGGAUGUUCGUCCACGACACAUGUGGAGGAAGGUGUGGAUAGAAGAUCUUCAUGAAGGAAGAGAUGGGAAAAAUACGAACUGUAACCUUAUGAACUUCAGAAGGAUCCAUAAUUUCACGCCCCGUUCAACUGGUCAUUCCUCUAGAAGUUGA